UUAAAAGGAGUAAGUAGCUGAUUGUGAGUUUGAAGAUUAUCGGAUCCGUCUGAAAGGAGUAAGUAGCAUCUUCUUCGCUAAUUCGGAGCAAUAUUUUGCAGGAGGUUUUUUAGCUUUGAGGAAUGGAGAAUGAAUGUCAAAUAAAGGGGCCAUUGGUAGAAGAAUUAACUUUUCUUGAAGGUUCAGCUCCCUUCAAUAGUUGUCAUGCUUCUACCAUUGUUGAGGUUGAUAAAGAUCAUUUUUUGAUUGCAUAUUUUGGGGGUACAUCAGAAGGGGCACCUGAUGUCAAAAUAUGGUUGCAGACUUACAAAAAUGGAAUAUGGCAAUCACCAGUAAUUGCUGAUGAACAACCAAAUGUUCCUAUGUGGAAUCCUGUGCUAUUCAAACUUCCGUCAGACGAACUGCUUCUAUUUUACAAGAUAGGCCAAGAAGUUCAAAAAUGGAGUGGAUUUGUCAAACGAUCACAUGAUAAAGGCGUUACUUGGACAGAAAGAGAACAACUUCCUCCUGGUAUAUUAGGACCUAUAAAGAAUAAGCCCAUUUUGCUAGAUAAUGACCGUUUAAUUUGUGGAUCGUCUGUUGAAAGCUGGAACUCCUGGGGCGCCUGGGUUGAGGUCACGACAGAUUUUGGCAAGUCAUGGAGCAAGCAUGGCCCAAUUUACAUUGAAAAUGAACCUCUAAGUGUGAUUCAACCAGUACCUUAUCAGACUGCAGACGGGAAAUUAUGUGUCUUACUACGAUCCUUCGAUGGCAUUGGUAGAGUAUGUAUUUCAGAAUCAUCCGAUGGUGGCCAGACUUGGGGAUAUGCAAAACCUACUCAGCUCCCUAACCCAAAUUCAGGUAUUGAUGGGGUUAAGCUGACAGAUGGCCGUAUAUUGCUUGUUUAUAAUACUACAUCAAGGGGUGUGCUUAAAGUUGCACUGUCUAAUGAUGAUGGUGAUUCCUGGUAUGAGGCUCUCACAUUGGAGGAUUCAUCUGGAAUGGAAUUCUCGUACCCUGCUGUUAUUCAAGCUAGUGAUGGACUAAUACAUAUUACCUAUACAUAUAAAAGGACACAAAUUAAGCAUGUUAUUCUUGGGCCAAAUUGAUGUGGAAUAAGUUGUUUCAAAUAAGCAGAAACAAGUAAUCUUGUCUGUCUCCCAAUGAUAUUACUUUUUAUUUCAUCAGUAUUUUAACUAAUGAUCAAGAACUAUUUUUAUGUCAUUGUUUAUGGCACUUUAUGAAAUUGGAUCUGCUUUGGACCAUAA